AUGACCGGCGUUGCUGUGAGGAGACGCGGGGUGACGACGGGGCAGGUACUGAGCCUCUUGCUUUUGUUCGGCCUUUCCAACUGGGUUUCCGCCGCUAUUCGCUAUGCGAUCCCCGAGGAGGCGCGGAGAGGCUCGGCGGUAGGGAACGUGGUAGCCGACCUGGCGUUGGACCUCGGGAGGCUGCCGGGCCGCCGGUUGCGGGUGGUGUCCGGCGGCAACAAGAAGCACUUCGAGGUGGAUCUGGCGAGCGGGGCGCUGCUGGUGAACGACCGGAUAGACCGGGAAGAGCUCUGCGGUGCGCUCUCUCCCUGCAUCCUCAGCUUUGAAAUCUUGAUGGAAAAUCCGCUGGAGCUGUACAGCGGUACCGUGGAGAUCCAAGACAUCAAUGACAACGACCCGGUUUUUCCCAGCAGCCAGGCGAGGCUGGAAAUCAGCGAGUCUGUGGCGGCCGGAGCGCGCUUCCCGCUAGAGAGCGCGCAAGACCCCGAUGUGGGAGUUAACUCUUUGCAGACCUACCAGCUCAGCGCCAACCCACACUUCGCGCUGGACGUGCAGACAAGGGUGGACGGCAGCAAGUAUGCAGAGUUGGUGCUAGAGAAAGAGCUGGACAGGGAGGAGCAACGGGAGCUGCACCUGGUCUUGACCGCGCUGGAUGGAGGCAGCCCGCCACGGUCGGCCCACGUGCAGAUCCACAUUGACGUUGUGGACGCCAACGAUAACGCCCCAGUCUUCAACCAGUCCACCUACAAGGCAAACGUAAGGGAGAAUACACCCAGUGGGACGCUGGUGGCCAAGAUCAGUGCGUAUGACCUGGACGAUGGUCCCAGCGGAGAAGUCGUCUACUCCUUCAGCAGCCACACGCCCGCCAAGGUACGAGAGCUGUUUGCUCUGGACUCAGCCACGGGGGAGCUGAGGGUCAAGGGACAGCUGGACUACGAGGAAACAAAGCUGUAUGAGAUUUACUUACAGGCUAAAGACAAGGGUGCUGUUCCUGGCGUGGCCCACUGCAAAGUCCUGGUGGAAGUUGUGGAUGUGAACGACAACACCCCGGAGGUGACGGUGACUUCUGUGUACAGUCCUGUGCCUGAAGAUGCAGCCCCAGGGACGGUCGUAGCUCUGCUGAGCGUAACGGACUUGGACUCCCAUGACAAUGGCCUGGUGAACUGCUUCAUUCCCCCUGGGAUUCCAUUCCUGCUCAGCUCCUCCCUCAAAAAUUACUACACGUUGAAAACGAAAGCAGCUCUGGACCGGGAAAAGGCAUCAGAGUACAACAUCACUAUCACAGCCAAGGACUCGGGCUCACCACCCUUGUCUGCAGUAAAAGAGAUCCUGGUGCAGGUGUCAGACGUCAAUGACAAUGCACCCAAGUCUUCCCAGGACUCCUAUGAUGUGUAUGUGCUGGAGAACAACGUGCCUGGCAUCCCCAUCCUUAACGUCAGCGCCACAGACCCGGACCUUGGGCGCAACGCCCAUCUCUCCUACACUCUCUUUCAGAGUGACCCCACUGUAGGUCACCUCUUCUCCAUCAACCGUGAGAAUGGCACCCUCUACCUGCUCACCUCCCUGGACCAUGAGGACCAGGUGGAGUUCAGCAUGAUGGUGCAGGUCCAGGAUGGUGGCUCUCCACCUCUGGCUACUAACGUCUCGGUCAGCGUGUUUGUCACUGAUGUCAAUGACAAUCCCCCAACCGUGCUGUACCCUCAGCCCAAUGCCACCGACACCCACACUGAUGUGGUGCCACCAGGCACCCCUGCUGGCUACAUGGUCACCAAGGUGGUGGCGGUGGAUGCAGAUGCAGGGUACAACGCCUGGAUCUCCUAUACCCUGUUGCAGGCCACUGACCCCAGCCUCUUCUCGGUUGGCCUGCACAGUGGGGAGAUCCUCACGGCCCGCCAGCUCCGGGAGGAUGAUGCUCCCCAGCACACCUUAGUCAUCCUGCUGAAAGACCACGGGGAGCCUGUGCUGUCUUCCAGUGCCACUGUCUCUAUCUCUGUGGCCGAGAUGGUCAAGGAGGUGCUCACUGAUCUCACUGAUGCAGCUCCUGCCAAUGAUUCCAGGAAGCAUGUGACUUUCUAUCUCAUCCUGGCUGUGAUUUUGGUGUCAGCAGCUUUCUUCAUCACCAUCUUGUCAGUGGGCAUCUUCAAGUGCUACAAGUGGAGGCGGUCGAAGGAGCUGUACAACAGCUCCAGGAGCACUGUGUACAGGACCCCAGGCCCCUUCCACCACAUUGAUGCUGUGCGGGGUGGCUACACCCCCCCCAACUUCUACCACCAGGUCUAUCUCACCACGGACUCUCGCCAGAGUGAUCUCCUGUGUAAAAAGCCUUUCACUUCCAGCCCUUUGGGCAGUCGCCAGAGCACCAUGAGGAAUGGUGAGCCAGGGCUGUACCACCAGAUCGUGGGCACUGCCAGCCGGCUCCCUGCGCCUGCUGAGCAAGCUCAGCCUAACCCAGACUGGCGCUUCUCUCAGACCCAGAGACCUGGAACCAGUGGCUCCCAGAAUGGAGAGGAAGCUGGAGCCUGGCCCAACAACCAGUUUGACACUGAGAUGCUCCAAGCCAUGAUCCUGGCUUCAGCAAACGAAGCUGCUGAUGGCAACUCGACCCUGGGCGGUGGGACCGGCACCAUGGGGCUGAGCGCUCGCUACGGGCCCCAGUUCACCCUGCAGCACGUCCCCGACUACCGGCAGAACGUUUACAUCCCGGGCAGCACUGCCACCCUCACCAACGCCGGCGGCAAGCGCGACCCCAAGGCCCCCAGCGCCUCGGGGGGCAACAAGAAGAAAGCCGGCAAGAAGGAGAAGAAGUAG